GAAUGUCUUUAUAUUCAGGCUGUGAUUGGCCAAGUGUCUGGUCAGGCAGGUGUCCGAUUCACGUGCACGUCCAGGAAUAUCCCCAACAGUCUCACCGAGGCUGAGACAAGGAAGCAGAUUCCCCCCGCACCCUAAGGCUAGCCCCGCGGAGAAGCCGUGGUCAGGUAGCGCGCACACUCCAGAGAGACCCACCCGUAACCGAGUUUCCCCGCAGCCCUGCACGCGUUGGCGCCAAAACGAACCAUCUGGGUCCGUCCCCUGCCGGAACUAUGCCUCACGUAAGCCACGUAAUCAAUGAUCCUGCGCCUCGCUAAGUAGUCCCCGUUCAGGAUGCCCUCGGCACACGCUUUUCGAGCUCAAGAGGUCCUCCGUAGGAAGGAAUCGGCCUCAGAGCUACCUGGAUACCGUGGUUCCUAUGCAUAAAGAUGUCUCUGGUGGAUCUGGGGAAGAGGCUGCUAGAAGCUGCAAGGAAAGGCCAAGAUGAUGAAGUGAGGACGCUGAUGGCGAACGGAGCCCCGUUCACCACAGACUGGCUUGGAACAUCGCCUCUUCACCUUGCAGCCCAGUAUGGUCAUUAUUCCACAGCAGAAGUGCUCCUUCGAGCAGGCGUUAGCAGGGAUGCUCGGACCAAGGUGGACAGGACCCCUUUGCAUAUGGCUGCCGCUGACGGACAUGCGCACAUCGUGGAGCUGCUUGUUAGGAGCGGUGCGGAUGUGAAUGCCAAGGACAUGCUGAAGAUGACGGCCUUGCACUGGGCCACAGAGCACCACCACCGAGACGUUGUUGAAUUACUUAUCAAAUAUGGAGCCGAUGUCCACGCUUUUAGCAAAUUUGAUAAGUCUGCCUUUGACAUAGCACUGGAGAAAAACAAUCCUGAGAUUCUGGUCAUCCUUCAGGAAGCAAUGCAGAAUCAGGUGACCAUUACCCCCGAGAGAGCCAACCCAGUGACUAACCCUGUGACUGUGACUGCUCCCUUCAUCUUCACCUCUGGAGACGUUGUCAACCUCGCUAGCUUUGUUUCUUCAGCCAACACCAAAGCAACCUCAGCUAAUUUAGAGGAAAUCGAAGAAGGAAAUUCACUUGACUCCUCGAUCCAGCAAGUGGUGGGGAGUGGAGGCCAGAGGGUCAUCACCAUAGUGACUGAUGGAGUCCCUCUGGGCAAUAUUCAAACCUCAAUCCCUCCUGGAGGCAUUGGCCAGCCCUUCAUUGUAACUAUGCAAGACGGACAGCAAGUUCUGACCGUGCCUGCUGGUCAGGUUGCAGAGGAGACAGUAAUUGAAGAGGAAGAAGAAGAAGACAAGUUGCCACUGGCCAAGAGACCAAGGAUGGCAGAGACGACAGACAGUGUAGAGGAAAGCAAGGAAGGCAGUGAACGAGAGCUUCUGCAGCAGCUGCAGGAGGCCAACCGAAGAGCCCAGGAAUACAGACACCAGCUUCUCAAGAAGGAGCAGGAGGCGGAGCAGUACCGACUCAAGCUGGAGGCUAUGGCCCGGCAGCAGCAGCAGCAACCCAACGGAGUGGAUUUCACCGUGGUGGAGGAGGUAGCGGAAGUGGGUGCUGUCAUAGUGACAGAAGGGGAAGUGGAAGAGAGAGCGGCGGAAGUGAUGAAGUCGGGAAGGACCACAGAGCCUCACGCUAGUGUUUCCAUAGAAACUGUUCCAUCCUAACACGCAAAGGCCACAACUUGCACUCAUUCAUCUUAUCCUUUUUAAGAAGAAAAUACAGAGGGCAAGCAUUGUGUACCAAUUAAGACUGUCCUUAAGAAGGUAACAAUAGCAGGGCCCAGUGCCUGGGCCCAGGAAGGCUGUGUGUGCAGCUGGAAAACUCAACUCAGAGCCACCUUAGGGAUCUAAGGGACCAAAGGACCAGGACCAAAACUCUCAAGUCACAUCAUUGCUUUAAACAGAGUACUGGGCAUUGCGGGUUGAUUUUUUUUUUUUAAAUACUUAACUUUAUAUCAAAAGAUUUUAAAAUAAUACUUGUAAUACAUAUACACCAAGAGCCUUUAAUAAUUAUAACUGAGAUUUUCAAGUGACCUGAAAUUUGCCUUAGAUUUAUGAAACUAAUAUGGUUGUAGGAAGCCCCCUCUUGAGGAGGAGUAAAAGAAACCCUACAUUCCUUUUUUUCCUUUCCUUUUUUUUGGGGGGGUGGGGGGCAUGGCAGGGGGAGGUUUGAGGCAGGGUUUCACUGUGUAGCCCUGGCUGUCCUGGAACCCACUCUGUAGACCAGGCUAGCCUUGAACUCACAGAGCUACCUGCCUCUGCUUCCCCAGUGCUGGGAUUAAAGGCCACCACUGUCUAACUAAAUAUACCAUACAUUGCUAAGAGCAGGCCCACAAGCUGUCCCUAGUUAAUUCACUGAAUUAAUAAGGAAUCUAUAAGCAAGAAUGGUAGUACAUACCUGAAAUGCCAGCAGUCAGGAAGCUGAGACAGAGCUAAUAAGUGUGAGGUCAGCAUAAGCUAAAGAGACUCCUUCAGUGAAAUAGGGCCAGGUGUCGUGGUGAACACCUUCAAUCCCAUCACUCAGGAAGUACAGACAGUCGGAUCUCUGUGAGUUCUAGGCCAGUCUGGUCCAUAUAUCAAGUUUCAGGUCAGCCAAGGCUACAUAGUGAGAACUCGUCUCCAGAUAAGACAAAGCAAAACAGAAUGCGAGAGGAGAGGUGGCUCAGUGGUUAGGAGUAUUGCUGCUCUUCCAGAGAACCUGAGGUCCGCUCCCAGCACCCAUAUCAGGCUGCUCACAACUACAUGUAGUUCCAGCUGCAGGGGAUCAGAUCCCCCUUUCUGGCCUCUGUGAGCACCCACACACUUAUACAUAUAAAUAAAAAUUGAAAAGUUAAGUUAGUUAAAUGCCGAGGUUCACACUUUGGGAACAUGGGGCAGGAAGAUUGCCUUGAGUUUGAAGCCAGCUUGAGCUCCAUAGUGACUUACAGGUCAGCCUGGGCUACAGUGUGGGACCCUAACGCAAGAAGAGAAAAUUAAAUCAAGGGUGGUGGGGUAUACCUCUGCCAGCAGCACUGAGGUGGUAGAGGAAGGUGUAUCUCUGUGAGUUUGAGGCCAGCCUAGUCUACAGAGAGAGUUCUGGGAUAGCCAGGACUACAUACAGAGACCCUGCCUCAAAAAGAAAGUAAGUUAGCAAAGAGAAGCUGACUUGAUUGCCUGAUAAAUUGUAUGUUCAUAGCUUAGACACCAGUUUAAAGAGACAAAAUUCAACCAGGCACAGCAGUGCAUGCCUGUGAUCCCAGCACUUGGGAGGCUGAGACAGGAGGAUCACUGCAAGUUCAAGGCCGGCUUUGGCUACAGUAAGAUUUUUCUAAACAAAACAAAACAAAAAAACACAGCAAAAACUCUGACUGGCCAGACUUGGUGACCUCUCCCCCCUGUACUCAGGAAGCAGAGGCAGGUAGGUCUUUGGGAUUCUAACUAGCCUGGCCCACAUAGGGAGUUCCAGCCAGGGCUACACAGACCCUAACUAACAACAGCCAAAAAUCUGAGGACGUAGCUCAGGGUAGAACAUGGUGCUUAGCGUGCACGGAAGCCCUGGGUUCCUCCUCUACACUGUAUGUACACAACAGAAUGGGGGCAGGAGAGCAAGGAAAAACAGUUGACGUCAGACUCUUAAAUGCUGGAAAAUUGACCUAUGUGGGGGAGUGUACAUGUCGAACCUGUGUCCUCCAGGCUGCGUUUCCUGAGAUGGGGCAGUGGCCAGAACAAGGUCCUGAGAUGGAACCUGUACUGACUGGACUUUAUAAGACUUCAAUCAGGAGGGUCAUUUAUUGUCAAAGCAUAUUGCUUCCAAACACCUGUUUAUAUAAAAUCAAGCUCGAACUCUUUGAAUUCUAUAAAAUGUGAUUGGACAUUCUAUGUCACAAAGGACAUUGGUGCUUUCCUAUAGCACUUUACCUUCUAUGGCCAAAAAAAGGAGUGUGGCAGAGAUGAAGGCCAACGCUGUGUGGGCUUGUUUCUGUUUGAUUUUGGAUGAGUACGUUGCUGCUUUUGUUAAUGUGGGCCAGCAGAGCUCUGCCUUACAGUGUUCAGGACAGGUGACAGAGGGUGCAGGUGUCGUCACUGCCACAGAGCAAGGAGCCACACCCGGGCUCUUGCUGACCUCCUCUCUCGCUUACUCUCUGCUCAAACACUUGUGCAAAGAUCCUCAGUGCUGGGGUGUUGUUGAGGUGGGUCGGGGCAGGUCUCUAGUCUUAACACAGAGUGGUUUAUUGUUUGUAUAGCUGGGCGUCCUGCUCAUGCCUGUAAUCUCAGCACUCACAGAGACCCGGCUGCUUCCCCCCCCCACCAAGGGCUGGGGUCAGAAGUGUGUGCCCCCACUGCCUGGCUGAGACACCUGUCUUAAAGAGAAAAGAAAGGGCCGAGACUAUAGUUCAGGAAGAGCCCUUGCCUGUCAUUUUAUGAAGUCCUAGGUUCAAUCCCCAGGACUGCAAAAAACAAAAUAUUUUUUAAAAAUUUAAACAGCAUGUGAUAGUACAUGUCUGCAAUCUCAGAACUAGGAGAGGGAGGCAGGGGGUGAGAAGAGGAGGGCCAUCCUUGGUUAUUUAUUAAGUCUGAGGCCAGCCCACACCCUGUCUCCCCAAAGGGGGAAAGGUAUCUGAAAUCAGGGAAAAGCUACGUAGACUUGCUUGCUUUGUUGCAAAUUAGAAGGAACCAGAGGGACAUGUGCCAGGUACACAUUGAAUGACUGUCGAGAAUAUGGUUUCCUAACUAGUGAUCAUGAAGAAAGUGGGCAUUUUUAACCUGGAAACAGCUUGACAGGUAACACGGUUCUGUUUACCUUGAUUAGUGGAAUAAUUGUUGCAGUGUUCCAGAGGUGUAGAAUCAUUUUUGGCUGAAAAUAUAAUUCUCUAAAUCAAAGUUAACAAACAGAUUGGACUGUUAGAGGUUUAUAGGCCAAAAUAACUGUUUUGAAAUGAGUCUUGGCUGCUGGCACUUGGACUAGGUCUGCUCUGUGGAUCCGAGCAUCAGGGAUUAUUCUAGCGCCUUGAGAGUGUCUGGAGACAGAGUGGAGGAGGCUGUGUGCAGCUGAGGAUGGGGAGCGCUGUCUGCUUCUUCCUGCUGCUGGCUCUCCUGAGACUCCUGGGGAACGGGGUGCUAGCAGUAAGCUCUCAUGUGUGGCAUUCUAGAGCCUUGGCUAACUGGAGGGAACAAGCUUCUCUUUACAUGGCUUCUGUUUACAUUCUUGGAGCAUAUGUUGACUUAAUUCCUUCCUCCUUUUAAGGGGAUGGGGAUUAACUCUGCAGAGGGUAUCCAUGCCUAACCACCUCAUUACCUUGGUAGUUACUGUGGGCAUGGGAUCUGUCCAUCUAGCCCUCCCUUCCGAGCAGAGCUGCUUCUUUAGGAGGCUGUUUUGUUGCUCCAAGUCGUUUUUGAACAUGACGUCUCUGUUUAUCAUCUCAAAAAGGAAGUAGGCUUUGCGUUUCAGUCACACUGCUGCGAGGCUGCGAGGGUGAGGGAGAGGAUGCUCUCAGUCAGUUAGAAAUGAAGUGUGGAUCCUAGCAUGGGACACACUGAAAUCCCAGCUUGGAGGAGGUUGAAGCAGGAGGCUCAAGAGUUAGAGGCCACACUUAUACGUGACAACACUGUCUCAAAAGAUGGGGCUGAGAAAUGGCUCAGUGGAUAAGAACUCUUGUGAUAUACGAGCAUGAGGGCCCAAAUUCAGAUCCCAGCACCCACUCUAACAAGCCUGGUCCCUGGGCCUCCUGUGACCCUAACCCUCCAGCAGGCCGAGGACAGAGGACCACUGGGGUUUGCUGCCUGCCAGUCUGACCUAAAGGGGAAUUUCAGGUUCAGGUCCUAAAUGAGUACAGCAGAAAGCAGGGAGGAGGAAGAGACCCACCUUCUCUUCUACCCUCCGCACACAGGCAUAGUCACCCGGACACACACAUGCACACACAGCACACUCACACCCAGAGAGUAAGUAAGUAGAAAUUAAGUCCACUAAUGCCACUUCAUGACCUCAGAUAACCUUCUAAGCCAGCCUUCUUUGUUUGUCGGUUUUUUAAGACAGGGCCUCACUCUGUUGCCCAGGUUGGCUUCAGACUCAGGGCAGUCCUCCUGCCUCAGCCUCUUGAGUGCUGAGACUCUAGGUGUGAGCUCCACAUCUGGCUUGGGUCAGUUGAAAGGAUAUACCAUGGAUCUUCUGGGUUAAGAGGGCCCAGCUGAUUUCUAAGGCUGGAUACAUGAGGAUCAAGUGGCAGAUGAGCCGUUUGGGGCUGGAGCUCAGCAGAAGGACACCAGGCUUAGGACUCUACAGGAAAGCUGCUGCAGGAAUUCCAGUGUUAAUUCAGGGAGAUAGACCCGACAUUUGCAUCUUGAUUGUAAGUCUUUCCCCAAAAAAGAGGAAAAAAAAGAAUGUUACAACUUCUGUUCUUCCUGGCUUCAGGGAAAUUCAUGACAAAUGUAUAAAUGUGCCUUCCCCGCUCCUGCCCUGUGGGGGCCUAUUAUUGUAAUGCCAAAGCAGAGCCCUCAUGGCUAACGUAGGAGAAAGUGGCCUUAGGGGUUCUGCUUUGAACUCUGUGCCUUAAGAGACACUCUUUCUCUGUCAGAUGUGUAUUGGCUUUGGUUCUGUCUUUUUUCUAGACAUAAUCUUACUAUGUAGCUCUGGCUGGCGUGGAACUUGCUAUGUAGACCAGGCUGGCCUUGAACUCAUAGAGACCCACUUGCCUCUGCCUCCUGAGUGCCAGGAUUAAAGGCACCUGGCAACAGAUAGUUUUUAUAUCCUUUUGCUGGGUGCAUAUCAGUGUAUAUGUAUGUAAAUACAUAAUGGAUCUUUCCCAGUUUUCUCUCUGAGGUUCAUCUCUAAAUUAUCUGGGAUAACCUGGAUGCUUAUUAAGUACAUAGAUAGGGUUUCUUUGAAUCCUCUUGAUCCAAGGAAACAUUGAAUAAGGAGAAAUAAGGGAGUUGAGGCCCAAGGAGCUGGUCCAUGCUCACGGGGAAGCAAGCAGAUGAGUGCAGACACCAUGGUCAGUGCACAGUGACCAGGAGCAAAGUGAGCUGCCCCCCAUGACCCAGUCAGUGCCUUUUCCUCCCGUUGAAGCUGGCUUGACCAGCCUGGGCUGCACAGUUAGACUUCUGGCAGGAAAGAGCCCAGGUGCGGAGCUGUGGAAACUGGCCCUCUGGACCCCUGCGUCCCAGCCCAGGGUCCCACCUUGGAGAAAGAGCUUGCUCUGAGAAAGCUUGCUCAUAGGACUGUCUCCUAACAUCUGCCACCUCGGGGCUAGAAGAGUUGAGGGAGGCACAAGGGGCACUCUUGUCACAAGUCUAACAAUGAGCAGGAGUCACUCUUUGUCCUAAUUUCUUGGACACUAGCCUGCUGCCCUCUCCUCGUGCAGAUGGAUAAAGUUCAUGUCAAGGCCACCACUAUGCACUUUACGCUCUUACUCCUGGUUUGUUUGGCUUCUUUGAAACAGGGUCUCUUUCUGGCCCAGGCUGACCUGGAACUUACUAUGUAACUCAGCUAGCCUCAGACUCAGCAAUCCUUUUUCCUUGGUCUCCUGUGUCCUGGGAUUACACACAAGUCACCAUGGCAGACCAGCUAACUCCAUUUUAUGUGGUGCCUCUACUCCUUCAAGUUCAGACUAUUUCCUGUCACUUUACUUAACAGGAGACCAAAAGCAAGAAGGACGGCCAUUAGAAUGAAGUAGUCUAACCCUCUGGUGCUGUCCUUCUAAAGGGUUUACCCUCUCUAGGGCUAGGGAGGAAGAUCUUAAACUCUGCAGUGGUAGUUUACCCUCUCUAGGGCUAGGAAGGAAGAUCUUCUUAAACAAUGGAGUGGUAGUUUGGCUUGUUAGGAGCAGGGAACUGUGAUCCUUGUCUUCCCUGCCCUCCCCCACUCGGCGGGCUUCUGCUGCCCACAGCUCCUGUCUUAGGAAGGUUCUGCCAGGCACUGGGACAUAAUUAGUCCGUCAUCUCUAACCUGUGGGGCUCCUCUUUUCCUUCCCUCCUCCUUCCCAACCACACGUUGUCUUCUGAGGUGAUGUGUUGCUGAGAAUUAACCAGGUCAUACUCUGUGUCCCACUUGGUUUCUGACGACUUGCGAUGUUAACUGUUACAGUAGCAACUCUGCUCCCUGGCCUUGCCCAGUGUGUCCUGCCAAGGCCAUGUAGAGGCAGGUGCCCAACAGUGUCCUCUUGUUUUUCAACUUGUCUGGCAGCUUUAUGUACAGUAAAAUUUUAGGGAAACUUAAAUUUUCUUUUUUACUUAGGAAGAAAUAGUGCAUUCUGAUGAGCAAGCUUGUGUGUACAUGUGUAUGGAUGAGCAUUUGUGUACAUAUACCUAUACAGAUCUAUAUUAUAUAUACAGUUUUGUACUAUCAUUUAAAAUAAAGACAUUUCUUAAUAAAAUGUUA